AUGUCCACAAUAUGGGCAGUCACAAAGGGGUCUAUGAGAGAUGGCGAAAGCGAUAGGGCAGCUCGUGCUCGCGGAGGAAGUCUUCUCAGUGCAGACGCUACAGAGGAGGGAUUUCAGCAUUUGCAUCAUGCACGUAAACUCAGGCAGAAGACCAAGUCAGAGCCUGGGGCAUCAUCAUACGAAAGGCAUGGCAGGUCACAGUAUAUUCUGCAAAAAUUCCAGCGAAUGCGCGGUGGUGUUGACUGUGUGUGUGUGCCUGCGUUCAGCUUUCUGAUGGAAGUGUUCAUCUCCCACGCUAGAAAGCAGUUUCACAUGCUACUGCCACGUGGGGCGCAGUUUGCCGACGUCACCAGUGGCUCUGAGCUGGCGCCAAACCUGAAUGCCUACUGCUGA